AUGUUUCUCAUUAAACAGCCUUCUGUCAAAUCUCAUGUCCUGAACUAUGAACUUUGUCCACCCCUUGAUCUCAUGCAUGACCUUGAUUCGUACUCUGCUUAUUAUGAUCCUCUCUAUUAUCCUCAUUAUCAUCCAGAAAUCUUCUCUACACCUGAAAAUUUCUGUGCCUGGCUUCAAGCUUCCCUUUCAUUCCAUGGUGAUGUGUGUGGCUCCUGUCGUCCUCUUUACAAGUCGACCGCAGUCAUCUAUGAUGGAUCUGCGUUGUGUGUGCAUGUUGAUGAUACUUCCAUGAUGCUUGCUUGCUCCCACUUUGAGUCUCCUUUGUAUUCCCACUGCAGUGUGUUUCACCGCCAUGCGUCUUUUCACAUUGCAGCAACUAGCUCACCUGGAGCACAUCAUGUCAGCGCUGCUUCCUGUAUGGCUGCUCAUGUUGACGAUGAUCCUGGUUGGUUUACUUACCCUGAUGAUUGUGUGCGUUCCCAUCUCCUUGCACUGUCAGCUCCGAUUUUGAGUUCUGCCAUGCGCCCCCUGUGUCAACGCAGAUCCCUUGUGCCAUGCAACAAGAACAACUGCAUUGAUUUCAUCAUGAGGCAUUUUUCUGCACACAAGACACAGCUUUCCGUCUUGAUGCCGGAUGAUUUCCUGGAUCACUUGACUUCGACUGUGGUCCCUUUUGGAUGUCCCAGAACUCGUGUUUCCAUACUUGCUGCCAAAUUUCAAAACCUGUAUAGCGAGCAGGUAGCGAGUGCAUUACGUGCACCACCUGAUGUUGUGGGUGUAUAUGAUGUGCCCACUGUGUUGUCUGCAGCAUCUGUUAGCAUCUCCAUGCCAUGGUUAACUGUCUCCCUUGAUGAUCUAACUCGCAGACUGGAAAAGCUGUCCAGAGCUGAGAUCCAACUAUGUCUUCAUAGACUACCGUCUACCUUUUGA